UCCAUGGCUCACUUGCUCGAGCCGGUAAAGUUAAAUCCCAAACUCCUAAAGUUGAGAAACAAGAAAAAAAGAAAAAGAAAACCGGUCGUGCAAAAAAAAGAAUUUUAUAUAAUCGUCGAUUUGUCAACGUAGCUAAUAUUGGAAAACGAAGGGUG